AUGAGCUCAUCACAAGAUACCCUGCGCUUCGACGGAAAGGUCGUUGUCGUGACCGGUGCCGGCGGUGGGCUGGGUAGAGCAUACGCACUCUUCUUUGGUUCGCGAGGAGCCAGCGUCGUCGUCAACGACUUGGGAGGAUCAUUCAAGGGCGAGGGCAACGACACAAAGGCAGCGGAUGUGGUCGUGGAAGAAAUCAAGAAGGCCGGCGGAAAGGCCGUGGCCAACUACGAUUCUGUCGAGUUCGGUGAGAAAAUCAUCGAGACCGCCGUGCAGGCGUUCGGCACUGUACACAUCCUCCUCAACAAUGCGGGUAUCCUGCGUGACAUCUCCUUCAAGAAUAUGAAGGACGCCGACUGGGAUCUGGUCAUGAAGGUGCAUGUGGAGGGGAGUUACAGAUGCGCGAAAGCGGCCUGGCCCAUAAUGAGGAAGCAGAAGUAUGGACGGAUAAUCAACACUGCCUCCGCGGCUGGAUUGUUCGGAAGCUUUGGACAGGCGAACUACUCUGCUGCGAAGCUCGGUAUGGUCGGAUUCACGGAGACCCUUGCCCGCGAGGGUGCCAAGUACAACAUCAUUUGCAAUGUCAUCGCUCCCAUCGCUGCGUCCCGGAUGACCGAGACUGUUAUGCCCCCGGAGGUCCUCGAGAACCUGAAGCCCGACUGGGUUGUCCCCUUGGUUGCUUGUCUUACCCACGAGUCGAACCGCACCGAUUCCGGCGGCAUCUACGAGGUCGGUGGUGGUCACAUCGCCAAGUUCCGGUGGGAGCGGAGCAAGGGUGCCAUCUUCAAGGCCGACGAUACCUUGACCCCCAGCGCCAUCAUCAAGGGAUGGGCCAAGAUCAACGACUUCACCGAUCCCGACUACCCUGAGGGACCCAAUGACUUCAUGGGCUUGCUCGAAGGUGCGAAGAACAUGAAGCCUAAUGAGCAGGGCGAGCCCACCGACUUCACUGGGAAGGUUGUCCUCGUUACCGGCGCCGGCGGAGGACUGGGACGUGCCUACGCCCUCAUGUUCGCCAAGCUCGGAGCUUCCGUUGUCGUCAACGAUGUCGUCAAUCCCGACCCCACCGUCAACGAAAUCAGGAAGAUGGGCGGAAAGGCUGCGGGUGACAAGCACUCGGUCGAGGAGGGUGAAGCCGUCAUUCAGUCCUGUGUUAAGGCUUUCGGCACCGUCCACGUCAUUGUCAACAAUGCCGGUAUUCUCCGUGACAAGUCCUUCGCCGCCAUGACCGACGAGCAGUGGAACCAGGUGAUGGCUGUCCAUCUCACGGGAACCUACAAGGUCACCAAGGCGGCCUGGCCCAUCAUGUUGAAGCAGAAGUACGGACGUAUUAUCAACACCGCCUCCACCAGCGGCAUCUACGGUAACUUCGGUCAGGCCAACUAUGCAUGCGCGAAGUUGGCUAUCCUCGGAUUCUCUCGCACUCUUGCCCGGGAGGGACAGAAGUACAACAUUCUCGUCAACACCAUCGCUCCCAACGCCGGUACCGCUAUGACCGCCACCAUCAUGCCCGAGGAGAUGGUUCGCGCUUUCAAGCCUGAGUAUGUCGCUCCCCUCGUCGGUGCCCUCGCUUCCGACAAGGUCCCCGCACCUGGAACCGGUGCCCUCUACGAGGUUGGCUCCGGCUGGGUUGGCCGCACCCGCUGGCAACGCAGCGGUGGACACGGCUUCCCUGUUGAUGUCCCCCUCACACCCGAGGCUGUUCGGGCCGAAUGGAAUGACAUCGUGACUUUCAACGACGGACGUUCUGACAACCCCGAGGACCCUCAGGACGCUAUCGCCAAGAUGAUGGCGAACAUGAAAAACCGCAAGGGUGGAAAGCCUGCGGCUAAGCCUGCUGCCGCUCCCAACAAGAAGGUUAUCGACGCCAUUGAGAAGGCGAAGAAGGCCACCGCUGCAGGGACCCCGUUCACCUAUGACGACAAGGAGGUCAUCCUCUACAACCUCGGUAUUGGUGCCAAGCGGACAGACCUCAAGUGGGUGUUUGAGGGUGCCGAUGACUUCGAGGUCCUACCCACCUUCGGUGUGGUUCCGUACUUCAACGCCGAGGUUCCUUUCACCUUCGAUGAAAUUCUCCCCAAGUUCAACCCCAUGAUGCUCCUUCACGGCGAACAGUACCUCGAGAUUAAGAAGUUCCCCAUCCCCACCUCUGGCACCCUCACCUCUUAUCCCUCCCUUGUCGAGGUUGUCGACAAGGGUGCCGCCGCCAUCGUCGUAACCCGCACUGAGACCAAAGACGCUUCCGGCGCCGUCCUCUUCGUCAACGAGACCACAACCUUCAUCCGUGGUUCUGGAGGCUUCGGUGGUUCCCCCAAGGUUUCGGAACGCGGCGCUGCCACCGCCGCCAACAAGCUCCCCUCGCGCAACCCCGACAAGGUCAUCGAGGAGAAGACCACCGAGGACCAAGCCGCGCUGUACCGUCUCUCCGGCGACCGCAAUCCCCUGCACAUUGACCCGGCCUUCUCCAGCGUUGGAGGCUUCAAGGACCCCAUCCUCCACGGCCUGUGCUUCAUGGGUAUUGCCGGUAAGCACGUUUACCAGAACUUUGGAAAGUUCAAGAACAUCAAGGUUCGCUUCGCCGGAACCGUCGUUCCCGGCCAGACGUUGCGCACAGAGAUGUGGAAGGAGGGAAAUAAGGUGAUCUUCCAGACUAAAGUCGUUGAGACCGGCAAGCUGGCCAUCGCGGCGGCCGCGGUGGAGUUGCUGUCUGAGGGCGCGAAGUUAUAG